AUAGCUUCAGUGCAUGCGCGUGUCUCGGUCCACUCAUUGUGGAAAGUGCUGUCUAAAAACUUAUAGAUUCCAACUCGAUAAAAAGCGAUCAGACUCUUUACUGGUCCCAUAGACUCGCUUCGUCUAAAAAACAGGAGGGUUUAUACAGUGCCGUUUGAACAGCAGAAAAGAAGAAUGAGAACAAGACAGAGUUAAAGUUGAAAACAUGGUUAAAAAAAGCCCGUUAUUGGUAUUCUCAGCUUCCAGCGUGAAAAUUGCAUUUGGAUUGUUUAUAUUACUCAUGGGAUGUGAUUCGAGGGCGUAUAUACAUUACUUAGCACAUCGAGAUCAAUAUGUCCAGGGAGAAAAUGUAACACUUGUUUGCUAUACCGGUGACGAAGAAGCAAGUUUUAAGUGGAAUUAUCAUGGAUCUUCGAGCAGAGUAGAUAAAAAAUCUGUAUCUACACAUAGCAACCUGACUCUCCUUAAUGCAACAAUUGACGAUUCCGGUGACUACUUCUGCACGGUCUAUUUCAAUGAUAACACGACUGUCACCGUGAAUGAGCGCAUAGAAGUAAAAGCAUAUAUCACUCCAUAUCUUAACUUUUCGGGAAAUCGAGAUAUGACUAUAGAUGAAGGACAAGAAUGGCAGUGGGUGGUUCACUUAAGUCAUUACCCUGAUUUCUUCAAUUACACCAUAGUCAAUUGGCAGGGAGAGAAGAUCCCGGAAGACAUGAUCACAUACGAAGCAUAUUCAGCUGAGAUAAGAUUGGAGUUUGGUCAAGUACAAGCCAAACAUUAUGGGAAUUAUACUCUACUGGGUUAUUUACCCGAAGCUUCCUAUGAGCGAAACAUUACGCUUCAACUCCGUGUGAAAAGUCAACCCAAAGUGUCAAAUGUUCUCCAGUCUGUGGAUAUUGACAGAGGUAAGCCAGAAACAGUAGAAUUCCGCGUUACUGGCUAUCCUGUGAGGAACUGCACCCCAAGCUAUAACGAAUGCCCUGAUGGAGGAGAGUGCACUGAAGCAGAGAGCAUCACUAAGUUCACCAGCAGAAGCCUACCUCCUGGAAAUGUAGUACUAGUGAGUGUGGAAAUCGAUCCUAAGAAAUCUGGAAAACUGACUUGUACGAUGAACCAUUCAAAGGCUACCGUUGAUGUUUAUGUCAAAGCCCCCAAAGCUACAGCGGAGUGGGCGGCACUGGGCAUCACGUUUGUAAUUCUGGCAGUCGUGGCGGUUUGCCUGGUUCUGCAAGUGCGCCGAAUUCGCAGAAAGAAGAGGGAGCUGAGGCAGGUUAAGCAGAACAUGAUCCAGUACUUCGGAGAGGGUCGAGUCAAUGAGCUGGACCCCGAUGGCACAGUACGAGAGCAGGCCCAGUUGCUUCCUUACGACCCGGCGUGGGAGGUGAACAGGAGAGACAUCCAGCUUGGAAAACAGCUUGGCUCGGGGUCAUUCGGGCGCGUCGUCUUGGCGUCCGUCCGAGGUCUCGAUGACGCGAACGACGGCGAGACUGAGGCGGCGGUGAAGAUGGUGAAGUCACACGUCGACGUCACUCACCUGGAGAGCCUCAUGGUCGAGCUAAAAAUCCUGAGUCACUUGGGGAAGCACAUCAACAUUGUCAAUAUGCUCGGCGCCAACACCGUCCACUUAAACAGGGGAGAGCUGUGGAUCCUGACGGAGUACUGUCGCUAUGGGAACCUCCUGGACUUCAUCCGCAAGCACGAAUCCAAAUUCAUCCACCAGGUCGACUCCCUGAGAGAUGAGAUUGACCCCCGCAUCUUGGUCAACAACCCCGCUUCAAGUCGCUUCUCCAGGAGCGUCACCAUCAGAACCCGGACCAUGAUGUCUGCCACAUCCAUCGCCACCGACAUCUCGAUCGGCACGCAGGCUUGCACUCCCGCUGCACUCCAGGGCCAACACAACCCCAAAAGGGCCGUUCAUUUUCACAACCCCACGUACACGAGCGUGCCUCCCGCUGACGACGGCGCUGACGACGGCGCUGACGAAUCGGAGAGCGGAUCGACGAGCUCUCGAGACAAUGCCGAGACUAUUAUCAGCGACCUGACGGCGCCUUCGUCAGGUCAUGACUACUUGAGUAUGGACUUGUCAACGACGUGCACGAGUGGGUACCAGGAGGGUAUUCCGGGCAUUAGCAUCCUUUUUAAUACCAGUGCCCUUGUGUGUUGGGCGUGGCAAGUCGCCCAAGGGAUGUCGUACCUGGCGCAGAGGAAAAUCCUCCACGGAGACCUGGCCGCCAGGAACCUCCUUCUGGCGGACGAGAACGUGGUGAAGAUCAGUGACUUCGGCCUCUCGAGAAACAUGCACGGGGACAUCUACCAGAAGAAACGCGAUGACUUACUGCCAAUCAAAUGGCUGUCUAUAGAGGCGAUCCGCAAUUGCACCUUCAGCGUGCAAAGUGACAUCUGGGCAUAUGGAGUCACCCUGUGGGAACUGUUCACCCUGGGCAGCACCCCCUACCCAGGAGUGCCAGUUGAUGCCAACUUCCUCGGCCUACUCGAGGGGGGGUACCGCAUGAGCAAACCCACGUACGCCACUAAGAAAAUACAUGAGCUGAUCCUGAGAACUUGGAGUCUCCAUCCCUCAGACCGACCAACGUUCGAGCAGAUCUCACAGGAAUUGAGUCUUAUGCUGCAGAGGGACCUGCAGGAGCACUACGUGAGCAUGAACGAAGGGUAUCAGAAGAUGAACGAGGCUUGGUUCAAGGAGAGGGUAGACUACCUUAAUCUCUUUCGAAGUCCGGAGUUCGAGUUUCCGGCGACACAGGAAGAGCUGGGUGUGAGAGAAGCCCGGGAAGGACUGAUGGUGGAGGAGGAGGAGGAGGAGGAAGUGGGAGAUAAGGAAGAGGAGGGGGAAGUGGGGAUAAAGGAAGAGGAAGAAGAGGAGAAUGAGGAGCAGAAGAAGAAGAAGGAGCAAGAGAAAGAAAAGGAGAGGGAGAAGGACGAGGAAGAGGAGGAGAAAAGGAAGAAGGAAAAUGAGGAUGACAGUGCACAUGCAUAUCCCAGAGCCAAUCUUCAGGGUUUAGACGGCAACGAGAGAGGACAGAAGACACCUGAUGUUUCGUCAGAUUAUAUGCAAAUGAUCUAGCAAUAAGGAAGGACUGAGAGCAUAGUUCAGUGUCCUCUUUAGGCUAUUCAUAAAAGAAAUAUGGGAAAUGCGAUGUUGCAAAUUACCGCGGUCGUUCCUAGGAGAAGUGGCACAUUACAACGCUGAGUUUUCUUGCAAGACGUGCAAUGACGACUUUGUACCUUUGUCUGUGUGUGUAUGUGUGUGUGUGUGAGACACACAUACACACACACACACACACACACACACACACACACACACACACACACACACACACACACAC